AUGAUAACCACAGGAUGUUCCACCUGAAAUUUUUGCUUUUUGUUGGAUUUUGUUGUGCAGUGUUUGGUAAUGAUGGGAACCAGACUGGAAGAAAUCAACCACCAAGUAAAGGAACGGAUUGCAUCCGGAGGAUAACAACACAAGUGGCUCGCUAUUUCUGGAAGCUGCAGAGCCGACGGAUCGACUACCGAGAGAGAAACAAUCGGGUUUUUGCCGACAUCCCUUUCCUUCAUCUAACAACUAUCUAUGGUUGGACCAUGCGAGGAAAGCAGGGGCGGAUCUCUCAGGCGCGGGAAGACGGACGUGGGAUCAUCACGGAGUAUAUGAUCCAGUAUCUGAACAGCGACGGAAACUGGACGUACAUUAACAACUCCAAGACCGGUAAACAGAUUUUUGCCAACCUUGGAAACAUUGCCAUUCCAGACACUAUAACAAGCGUCACUCUAGCCAAUCCCGUGACGACGCUAGUGUUACGCGUCAUUCCUGAACUCUGGGAUGGCGUCCCCUUCAUGAUGAUGUCAAUCCAGCACUGUGCAGACACCGAUAUAGCUGAAAAGAAUCCGAUCCUACCCCUACAGCUUGCACAUAACUCCGUAAAGAAAAAUCUAGAGGAUCAAAUGAAAAAGAAGAUCCAACAAAAGAUUUUCCGCCUCCAACAUAAAGUGAAGUUGAUGAAGCAUAAGAUGGCACAGAAGCAGCACCAUAAUAACAAGGUCCAGACAAUUCACCGUGGUGGACAGACCGGUAAGGCAAAAUCUUUCGAAAAUCACAGGACUAACCAUAGAAAACAAUACAGUAACAAAAAACAUAGAAAACUGAACCGUAAACAGUCAAAACAGAAGGGGAAUCACCGAGCCGAACACAAACACCCAAAAACAAACGUUCAACAAACCAAAGAAAGACGAAAUACCAGAAAAAAUACGCAAUACGGAAUGGUGGACUAUCAUAGGUAUGGUCUUGAUGAUUCUGAUGAGAGACUGAAACGUGAACAAAAGAACGAGGCCAAAAAUAAGGAUACGAACAAGGAUAAAGUCCAGUCCAGUAAACAUAGACAGAAUGGGAAACAGACAAAGAAGCCAGAGAGCAAAAGCGCAGAGAGAAAGCACUCGAAAAAUGAUCAACAUGGUAAAAAUAAUGAAAAGAAAUCUCACAAUAAGGUUGCCCCCAAACAGUCUUUAUCUCCCAAGACCAAGCAACAGAAUAAAUCAGAAACAUCACAUAAUAAUAAGAAACAUAAGAGUGAACACAAACCAAAGGUAACAUCUGCAAAGAAAGCUAAGAACCAGAAACCUAAGGGGAAAGACAAAGGGAAGAAUUCACACCAAAAGAAUAGCAAGAAAAGCAAAAAGAUUGAUAGAUUGUCCAAGAAAAUUGACAGAACAGUAAAAAAAUUAAAUCAGCUGAAGAAAGAAAUUAAUGAUAUGGACAAAAAACCUCCAAAGAAAGUGUCAAAUAAGGUCAAGGUCAGUAAACCGCAAACAUCAACACCGGAAGUGACGGGAAAAAACCCUGUUAAGACCGAAGCCGAGAGUCUCUCACCCGCCAAAAACAAGCCAUCUUUGAAAUCAGCAGCAAUGAAACAAAUCAAAAAACAAGACGACGUGAUCACCAAGACUGCAUACGAAUCUUGUCGGUUAAUGCCCGUCUGGAGGUAUGGCAGCACGAAUUUCCGACCUGACGACUCAUUUUCUGCGCUGGCUGACAACAGACAGGCGUGGCGAGCUAUGUACGGACUAGGCAUACAGCCAUACAGAUUUGGAAUCCCGGAACGUUAUCAAAAGUCCAGAAACCAGAAAUACUACCUGGAAAUUGAUUUCAAGAAAAUUACAAACAUUUUUGGGCUGAAGGUCGCCGGAAGUAGCUCUCAGAUGCAAUGGGGCAUUAUAACAAGAUUCUCUUUAUAUCACAGGAGGAAAGAAUCGGAUCCUUGGCAGGGUUACGUAGAUCAUCUUAACCAACAUAGGGUGUUUGAAAUUGGCUCCCGGGAAAAAGGUAACGCGCAUGCUCCUUCGGUGUUUAAACUUGAUGUACCAGUGACGGCCAAGGCAAUCCGAAUAUAUCCGGAAAGAUGGGUUUCGGCACCCCUCAUGGUUGUAGACCUCCUCACAUGUGAAACCAGCUAUAAACAUUAAGAUAUUCAAUUAACCAAAUAUAAUAAUAGAAUUCAACACAGAUAAGAAUCGAACAAGAUUUCGAAAGAAAUUUCAAAAAUCAAUUUAACUGGUAAAAGCUUAAGAGAUAUACGUUACUUAAUAACCCGCCAUCCACUAUUCAAAAUUCAUUAAGGCAUGUGGACUGGAAAAGUUGUGACUUAAGUAAUAAUGUUGAUGCUUAAUUGGUAUUAAACUAGUAUUUAAUUGA